AUGAAGGUUAAGCGAAAUGGGCUUUUCCACAUGGCGCUCCCCCAAAAAACUUAUUUUCUCCUGCCUUCGCUCAAAAGCUGGAACUCCCUCUUUCCUUCCCUCUUCCCUUCACGUUCGACGGUCCUAAACAAUGAAGCCGCAAGCCUUGUGGUUAGUAAUAUAGUUCACAAGUCCGGCACGGUCAGCCUUCUCAAAAAUCGACCAAUUCCUCCUACUGCAGUCAUGUAUCGUCACUGCUCCCACCAGUCGCCCUACCAACCAUCUGCUGGCCCAGUAUACCUGGAUUACUCACGUCUGGACCGGGGAGACGAUAGUAUGGACGAGCGAUUAAGAGCGCUCGAGUUGAGCGUACGACAUUUGUCGGCAUCUGAACUCGAAGAACAUCGCAAACGCAAAGCUUGUGUUCAACAAGAAGCAAUCGACCGAUGGGCCAAGAUUGAAGAGAUGCACAUGGUGGAACAACGCGCUUUCGCAGCGUUGCAGCAGUGCAAAUUCCCUCCCGCAAAGGCAAAUAACGGGAAGGACAACACCCAUCGACAGCUGUCCGGAGUAGUUUGCCAACAUUCGCAACCAAAGUCUAGACCACGUCCCCUGAACUUCGCAAAUGAAGAACACGAGCAGCAACAGAGUCCAAGAACGCGGCACGAUCAGCGUGGGUAUCUCGAAUUUGAGAUUGCUGACCAGAAAAGGAGAUUGGCAAGGAUGGGUCUUGGUGGCCAACAAUCCGAUGGCGAGUGUUCAAUAUCACAAGCAGCACUCCCGCUUCGUAUGAUAGACCCCAAGAGCCACCUUUCUCCACGAACUUGCGCUCCCAAGGGGAAACAUGCUCAGCAGAUGCAGGAGCAAUCGAAAGCUCAAGAGCAGCAGAGCGAGACUCCACCUUCCGGUUCAUGGGUACAUGAGCGUAUCAGUCAUAUCUUAUUAGAUGCUCAAGCUAGGCACGGCGCCGGACAGCGAAACCUCGCUCAACAGAAGCGCGAGGAACAGAAGGUGCAGCUUCCUGCUGCAGAGCCUGGAAAUCUACACCCAGGACCCUCAAGGAUGUCUGGCAUCCUGCCACCAGUUCACACCGUGCACCAGGACGACGUAGAGCAGAAUGUAAUGUCUGAACUGGCAUUUUCAGUGCAUCUCAGGUCUAAAAUGGCUUCGCAAGAAGCAUACCGCAAGUAUAAAGAAGAGAAAGACCGAAAGAAGGAGGAGGAGGAGCGCAAGGCUGCCGUGUCGGUUCCAAGGUCUGAGGCUACAAGGACCGGAUCUGUCAAGCAACUUCUUGCUAGUGUCAAAAACCCCCUGGAGCAGAAGCUUGAAGCUGCGAUGGUUGAGGCGGCUAAGACAGAAAUCCUACAAAAUGAGGGUCUUCGGGAUCAGUCGCAGCAGUCGCAAAAGGGCUCAAGAAAUGCUUACGAAACCGCUAUCAAAUACGGAGAAAGCUUUUGGUAUAAGUAUGAUAAGAGUUACCCGAUACCCAGACAAUCAAAUGACCAUCCAACAAGCGCUGAUGAGUCGGCACGCCACAGUAGAAUUUCCCAGAGAGAAGUACCACUUUAUUCGUCUCGAACAAAUGACCUCCGCGCUGCAAUUGAGGCAAUCGACAAAACUUCCGGUGACCUCUUAGAAAGCCCCAAGAGGGCUUCUGGUCAGAAUGAACCGCCACUUCUCUUCGAACCUUCAACUGCCUCCAUCUCGCGGAACAGUGAAAAGUGUAUAAUAGAUGCUGCAGAUCUCACCCUUCUCACUUUAAAAUAUCCGUCAUUCAAGGAAUUCAGACAGCCUGUGUCCCCGUGGCCCAUUCCGCCAGGAGAGCAGACGGACACGAGCUCCGAAUCGAGAGAGGAUAAAGCAAAUGUUGAAGAUGCGGUGGAAGCUGCGCCGCUGGCAGAUGUGGAUAUACAAUUGGAGUGGGAAGAGGUCGAUGACAGUCUUGGAACCGAAGGGUGGAGUGAUGUCGAGCAAGAUUUUGUGGACAGUAUGUGGACGGGAAGUUCGAGCUCAUCGAAUGUGGAGUGGGCUUCCGAUGUUGCGUCUGAGGCCAAUCACGCUUCAUCCGGUUCACUGUAUCUUAUCUGCGUCUUACAGUCGCUCGGUGUGAAUGCUUUCUUCAGAUUUUCAAGGGUAUCACUCCUGCUACUUUGCGCCCUGAGUUGGCGGGUGAACGUCUUACUCAUCACUUCCUGGGUCGCAUCACUAUCGACAGUCUUCGCUUCUUAUAAAGUCUUCUCGUCCGACCAGAGCGAUGAUCCUUCUUAUAGCAUACUACAUUCAAGACCUAAUCAUCAGCGACAAAGACAUACUGUGUUUAUUAUCUUAGGCUUCGGACUUGGGAAGUACAAUAUCUUCAGAUUCAUCUUCAACGUUCCAUCCAACGUCUCAAGUCAAGGAGGAUUUCACAGUAACAUCAUUGCCUUCAUCGUUCCGUCAAGGUACCACGGCCCAACACUGGACCACCUCAACAUCAUUGCUUUCAUCUUUUCUAUCACCAUUUCAAGCUCAUGA